CAUUUACAAUUGCAUGUCAAAUCUGGAAUGAACUUGAGGUAGAAGACAAUGCAAAGCCAAGAAACCAUAUUCUGUCAAUGUUAUGAGCAGGCCUAGGUAUCUUGUGACAAAGCAAUAUAUAUAAUCCAGAGGCAAUACAGAGGACUACAGAGGUCUCUUCUCUUACUGUUUCCAUCAUUCAAUGCUGGAUUUAGUAUCUUGAGAUAGAAGACAAUACCAAGCUGAGGCACCAUGUUAUGUCAUCUUAUGAGCAGAGAGUGCAACCUUUCAUUAGAAGAUGCCAGUAUCUUCUAUUUGCUGUAGAACCAUAUACGAUCAGAACCAUAUACGAUCACAACCUUCAAGGUCCCAGCAGUGAAACUGAUUUCAGAGUGUUCACACUGAAGGUGUAUUUCAAAGUCAAACCAGUAGAGGCAAACAAACCUCAAACUGCCCCAGCAGCUAAUGGAGCAGCAGCUCCAUGCUCCACCACCUCUACCUCAUCCACCACAAGGGUUGUAAGUCCUCCUAGAGUCCCUACCAAGCACCAACUCCAGUUAUUAGCUCUCGACCGUCACCUCCUCCUAUGGGAAACGGUCCUAGGCCUAUGCCUCCUGGUGGCAGCCCAUCACCUCCACCCCGCUGCAUGAUGGCAAAUUUUGCUGCUAGGCUUCCAACAAUUCCUCCUCAAGGUUUUCGAGGUCAACAGAUGCCAACCCCUCCACCUCCCAACAUGAAGCGGUAGGUAUCCAGCCAUCCAGUUCCAUUUUUUGCUAGGCAUAUAUCCAUGAAGCAUCGUGCAAGAUGUCAAACUCCAGGAGUAAAGCAUGAUAUGGUUC